AACAGUUUUGCCCUUUGUAUUAAUCGAGAUGAGAACAACACAUCAUCAGUAUCCCAGCAGGAGCUGUGGACUGGCUGCAGUGUGCACCUUCGCUGUUGGCUAUAUAUUAUGGGUGUGCUGGAUUCACCAUGUUACUGGAGUGUGGGUGUACCCGCUUCUUGAGCACCUCAGCCCAGGUGUCAAAAUAAUCUUUUUUGCAGCUGUUACUGUAAUAAUUAACAUAUUCUACUUGCUGGGAGAGAUCCUGAACAACUACAUCUGGGAUACCCAAAAAUGUAUUGAAGAAGGAAAAGAAAAGCCGAAAUUGGACUGAACAAUAGAGGCAACAUGGAGGAUUGUUUAUGGCUCCAUGGAAGAUUUCUCAUCCCCAACAGAGGCUGGCGUGGAGAGGAAUCUUUUGGAAAGGAGGAAGUUUAAUGGGCCCUUUGCUCAGUGCAAGGAUAUUUUGGGGUUUUAUAUGGAGGGAAAAUGAUUUUAGCUACAAAUAAUAAUAACGUUUCAACCUCCGUUCCAUGCUUGCAUGUGACAUACACACAUAAGAUGUAUAUUUAUCUCCACAGCAUUCUCAACAUGCAUUUCUUGCAUCAAAUAAGUCAUGAAAUCAUCAAGUCAUUAAAUCUUUUCACUUCCACCAAGAAGAUCAAUGGGUCCAUUCUCAAUAUUGUUUGAGAAAAGCUUAACCAGAUAGGUCUAAUAUGGGGAAACAAAGCAAUCCUUUAUAUUUCAAAGUACAGUGUAAAAAUACAGUAGAAGUUAAUUGCAUGAAUGUAUCCAAAGAAUUCAAUCUGAUUGAAAUAUCCAUGUAACACUAUGUAACAGCUGCCUUAAAUCAGUGAUGUUAAUAAUU